AUGUCUCAGGUGCGGUGCUGGGACCCAGAGCUGUCUAGUUGGACUUCUGAGGGCAUCGAAGAGGCUGAGUGGCAGCCGGCCAAGAGAGUGGUGCGGGUUCACACAACAAGGGUGGGCGCAAUAGCCGUCGUGCAGGACCGCGCACGUGACCUGUCCUACCUCAGUUGGCGGCUGACUCCGAUAUACGACCCCGACCCCUUGAGCGAGGGAGUGGAGGGCAUCGACGACGACAACGGCGACGCUAUCGAUUUAUCGGGGAAUUCAACUCCUGAAGCAGAGCUCCAGCUGGAGACCCCUCGCUUCGUCAUUCGGCUGAGGAUACGCGGAACCAAGUGCCGGCUCUUGGGACCGGAUCUGCCGGAACUCAGAGGCCUCCUCAACGCGCCAAGCAUGGGUGCAGGCCGCUUGAUCAUGGAGCUCGAACGUGCAGGCAUCUGCUUGUCUCCGCGCGACGAGGACGCGGCUAGGGCAGUAUCUUUCGUUGGCGACAACGCCAGCAACGGUGGUAGCGAUAGCGGCGGCAACGCCCACGGUGGGGAGAUGAGGCAGUCCGGGGACGACCCCGACAACGAGAGCAAUAACUCCAGAAAGGGCGUUACUGUUAAAGACAGAGUUCUAGAGGAGACUCUGUGCAGAGAAGUUGCGAGCGUGGCGGCCGCGUUCGAGAUCAAGAGCUCCCGCUGGAACGGGACCGUCGGCGACGGUCGGGCGGUUUUCGAAGUUCGGGAGACGGGGGCGUUCACAGGAGGGGAUGGAGACUCCAUCGACUUCAAGACAACCAUCAUGGAGCUUGACGAGGUGUCAGACUCGGCUCACGACGCCCCCGACGUCGGCCUGGCCCCGUGUCCGGUGAAAUGCGCCCUCAUCAACGGUGGCGCGGACGGAGGAAGCGGCGCAAGUGUCGGCCACGGGGGUGGGAAAUCGGAGCUGGACACCACUCGCCUCCCGGCAGAAGAGACUCACGCGUACUUGCUCAAGUGCUUGUCGAUGACGAGCUGCGCGGAGGCGACGGAGCGGGCGCAACAGUCCUGCUGCCGUUUCCGAAAGGCCGUCGAACAGCUGCUCCGCAUCACACGGCCGUUCAGUUUCUCUUAA